AUGUCUUCCCCAAAAUCCCGUGCCCAGUCUUCCUCUGUUUCAGUUCCUCCUGAUUACAUUACUGGGACUGGGAUUGACAAACAUGCGAUAGAGGUUAGGAGCAAGCUUCAUCCUUUUGCCCAGAAGAACCUAGAUGAGAAUGUCCUUCACCUGUUCAAGAAUACUCUGGUUUUGGGUCCACACUGGUUUGGCCUAGUUCCGACUGAGAUGGCAAAAUUGAUGAAGAAGGAUGCUGACGCUCCUUUGUGUUUUGAGAGCACUUCUGCUUUGGCCUCUCAUUCUUGGGUCAACAAGAAUCUGAGCCGUUCGUUCCCAUCCAGUGAAGUGAGAAACAGUUCAGUGAAAUGGGUAGACUGGAUUGACAGACUCCUUCCAAGAUAUGGAGCUCACUGGAAGAGGGCUGGCAUAUAUGAUGUCAUACUUCUGUCCAAGCAUUCCAUCAAUAGAGAUGAGAACCUCCUGGCUGCUGCUCUAUGUUUCUGGAAUUCUGCCAGUAACACAUUUGACUUCGGUGUGGGUCCCAUGGCUCCAACUCUGCUGGAUAUGGCGCAAAUCUUUGGGUUCAGGCCCCAUGGAAGACCUGUGGAUGCAGUAGGAGAUUACCAUAGAAGAAAGAACCAGGAGAAACUAGCCAAGCCUUUCACUAUCUCUCCAGCUCUUAUCAACCAGAACUGCUCCUUCUCCAACUACCUGAGGAAGUUCAGUGCUGAGAAGGACAAGGACCAGCAACACAUGCUAUUCCUUAUGUACUGGCUAAAUAGGUUCAUUCUCCCCAAUCGUUCUUCAGCAGUUCUGCUUGAAUACAAACAUUUGGCAAAAGCAUUGCACAACCAUACGGAUGUAGGGCUUGGCCCUACAGUUCUUGCCCAUCUUUUCAAGAAUCUGCAUACUGCUACUUUGGAGAAUCCUCUGAACCUGUCUGCUUCCGGUGCAUUCUGGAUGAUCCAGAUUUGGCUGCAGGUUUAUUUCACGGAACUGAGGUUUCCGGACAUCGUUCUGCCUGAAGAUCAGGUCAUGGCAGCUCCCUUGAUGUCAGCAGAGGUGCCAAAGCGAUCGAUCAAGGAGUAUCUGAUGUUUUUCAGGCACUGCAGCUCAGUGGCAGGUGGUGAUUAG